GGCAAAAAAGAAAGAUUAGGUUUUUUCAAAAUGCUAAUGGUGAUAUUGAAAUAUCUUAAGAUUUGAAUGCUUGUGCUCCACAAUUCUGCGUGCGUAUCAAAGAGAAUUUUUUUCGUCAUAAUCUCUUCGUCGCCUGUUUAUUACUCAGGUCAACGUUUUCAACUCAGUUGUUUAAAAUUACAAGAUACAAUUGUCAGGUUUUGACCUACGGAGAUAUAUAUAGUUUAAACUAACUAUUGUUUAAUAAAUUUAUGAGAUGUUAAUUUCCCCAGUUUUUUUGUUAUUGCCAAAGGAAACGAGACUAUAGUUUGUAUUCCGAAAGAAACAAUGUUAAUUGAACGUGUAAGGUGCAAACUGUGGACGAAUCGUUUGCCAGCUCGUUAGUAAGCUUUCGCACAUUUCCAAUUGUUACAAUCAUUUUCAAUAGCAUUAGUUUUAGAAUUGUGUCGGAUUAUAAACAGCUUUAGAUGUGUGAAUUUUAAAUUGAUUUCAGGUUUCUAAUGAAAGCAAUAUAUCAUGUUUAUCUCCUGUGCAGGAAAGUCAAUCCUUUAAGUGGACUCAUCCAGUAUUAUUCAGCGUUUGCGGAUAAAGUGCUACUAGCCAUUUUAUGACAUAAAGAUCUGCAGUUACAAAUACUAGUAUCUCCAAAUUUACGGAUCAUUUGUAAUCAAAGAUGUCCACCAAUGACACGAUGAAUAAUGCGUCACAUCCGUGUGGUUUUCCCGCAGACCCGUCAACAGAGAAAGCGUGGAAAACGUUUGCGUACUCCGUCAUUGGCUUCGGCUCUUUACUGGUGAAUUCCCUCGUUAUCCUCAUCAUUUUCAAGAUCCGUGGCAUGAGAUCCACCAUAAAUUACUUCAUAUUAAACAUGGCGGCUUCUGACGUCCUCUUCACUGUCUUUGUUAUUCCGCGCUUGUUAUCAGAUCUUCAUUCAGCGCCAUACAGAUGGUUUGUGGGGGGAGUGCUCGGCUCCUUCCUUUGCAAGUUUGACUUCUUCAUCCAAGAUGUCUCGACGGCCGUUUCCAUCCUCAGCUUGGUGGCGAUCGCGGUUGAUCGUUUCUACGGCGUGGUUUUCCCGAUGAAAGCGAGCUUAAUGAGCAGUGGUGCAUUCCGCCGUAGGAUUUUGGCAGCCACUUGGUUUGUGGGCGCUCUGUUGCACUCGCCAUACUUCUACGCUUACAAGCUCUACGAUGACGCUUUCUGCAAGUACAACUGGAGUCCUUUCCUCGAUCACGACAAGACGUCAACAGUUUAUUUUUUGAUAAUGUCUAUCACCUUCUUUUUCUUCCCAGCCACCAUUCUGACAAUCGUCUAUAGCAUAAUCAUCAUUACUCUGAAGCGCCAAAAGUUCCCGGGCAACCAGUCUGUAAAAGACAAGAAGAGGGUCGCCAAACGCAACCGAAGCGUAUUGCGAAUGGUCGUCGCUGUCGUAAUUGUCUUCAUAUGCUGCUGGUUACCCUUCAACGUAUCGAUGUACAUCGCUCUCUUUCAAUGGGGCCCCAAUGUCCCAUGCUAUGCCAGUUCGUUAUUUUUCUGGGUUAUUUUUAUUGCCUAUUCAAACGGCUGCAUAAGCCCCUGCCUGUAUUUUAUCUUCAAUGAAAAUUUUCGCCAAGGAUUUACAAAAGUAUUUUUCCGCGGAGGAAUCCGCGGUUCCAUUCGAAGUAACCUGCGUUCCACUCGUCGCCGGACGGAUGACGUAAGCCUCUCUACUGUUGAGCGGGUCCGACAACAGAGCAUUUAAGGUCCUGUCACCACGAAAAGGAGACGUUUAAAAUGCACCGCAAUAACGCAACAGGAAGACUGACCUGGUAGAAAUGGUGUAAUUUUGAAAAAAGAAAUCGACAACUGGCAGGAAACCGCGAAGAGUUAUCGAACAUCAACAAUAGGGAGCAGGAAAAAAACAAUUGGCUUUAAACCGAGGCUGGCUCAAAGCUUUACUGGUAUUCGUUUGAUAUUUCAGUAAAACAUCGUUGAUGUUCAGCAUGAACUGAAUAUCAGUUAAGAAUUGCUCACUAAUUCCAAGUUUCGAAAUACUUUGUAUGUUAUGUUUUAAAAAGGCAAACAUUGAGACAGAGAAAGGGCGAAAUUCAAUUAACUGUCUUGCUAAGAACACAGGGAUCUAGGAAGAACCUUAAUGUUAUUUUAUUAGUUGUGAAAAUGACAGAUACUGUACAUAUAUGUACGGUAAUUACGAUUUUAAGAUUGCAAAUACUGUGCAUUUUUCAUCGCGUGAACAUAGACGAUUUAAUAAACGUUUGGAAGAUUUAUUGUAAUAGCGCCUAAAGAAAAUUUCCACGCUCAAAGUGCUGGUCC